AUGUCACAUCUCGCCGCGCUACGCUCCAAUUUUCCCCACCCCUCCCACAGCCUUACCUCGCUUCCGCGAGCCGCGGCCGUUCCUAGCACCCUUCUCUUCCCACUCCCUCCUCCGCCCCGCGGCGUGCGUUAUAUCGCGUACGACGACAAGGGCUUCACGGUGGGCGGCAGGGACCUGGACUCCUCCAUCCUCUGUGUGGGUGACGUGGCGCUCUGCUGGUCGCCCUCCUGCCUCGCUGACGUCACCCCCGACAGCCUGCCACAAUGUGUUUUGGCCCUCCUCACCCCCUCGCUUCACUCGUCUCUAUCCGUCCCUUCCUGCCCUGCCACCACCUCGUUCUCACCUCGUUCUCACCUCGUUCUCACCUCGUUCUCACCUCGUUCUCACCUCGUUCUCACCUCGUUCUCACCUCUUUCUCACCUCUUUCUCACCUCGUUCUCACCUCUUUCUCACCUCUUUCUCACCUCUUUCUCACCUCGUUCUCACCUCUUUCUCACCUCUUUCUCACCUCUUUCUCACCUCUUCUCACCUCUUUCUCACCUCUUUCUCACCUCUUUCUCACCUCUUUCUCAUACGCCAAACAAUCGGCGUGGUCUCCGCUUAAGCCUUCCGUCCAUUCUCCCCAUUUUCCUGUGGCUUAUCUGUGAGUUCCACCAGUUCUUCCCAAUUUCCCUCCCAGGCUUGCAGUUUCGCCUUUACCUGCCACCCUCUCUCCCAUACUUUCUCCUUACCUCCACCUCACUCCCUGCCCCUCUCUACCCCCUCUUCAUCCCCUCCACUCCCCUCCCUUCUUUUUGUCCCCCUUGUCACCCCUGCCUGUCCCUUCCACACAGCCUGGCUCUCUUUCAGCUCAUUCGCCAGCAGCCAGCUACUGCUACGGGGCACGGGGUGGCACAUGCAGGCAGUGCAGAGGAUCUUUUGAGGCGCCUAAAAAAGCGUCUUCCCCGCCCGCCUCCCGUUCCCCACCACCACCCCUCCUGCACAGAGCUACUGCUACUGGGCACGGGGCAGCGCAUGCAGGCAGUGCCGGGGGAACUGAGGCACUUCGUGAGGGCGUGUGGCAUGAAGCUCGAAGUGCUCUCCACUGUGAGUGCUGUGUGCUCCGUGAGUGCUCCAUGUUCGCUCCACUCCUAUCACCGCUCAGCACGUCUCUCUCACCGCUCAGCACCACUCCCAUCACCGUUCAGCACCAGUCCUAUCACCGCUCGGCACCGCUCCUUUCACGCUCAGCGCCACUCCUAUCACUGCACCACUCCCAUCACCGCUCUGCACCACUCUUAUCACCGCUCAGCACCACUCCUCUCACCGUUCAGCACCACUCCCAUCACCGCUCUGCACCACUCUUAUCACCGCUCAGCACCACUCGUAUCACCGCUCAGCACCACUCCCAUCACCGCUCUGCACCACUCUUAUCACCGCUCAGCACCACUCGUAUCACCGCUCAGCACCACUCCCAUCACCGCUCCGCACCACUCUUAUCACCGCUCAGCACCACUCCUAUCACCGCUCAGCACCACUCCCAUCACCGCUCUGCACCACUCUUAUCACCGCUCAGCACCACUCUUAUCACUGCUCAGCAUCACUCCAAUCACCUCUCAGAACCCACUUCUAUCACCUCACAGCACCACUCAAAUCACUGCACAGCACCGAUCCUAUCACCUCUCAGCACCACUUUGUGUCCUGACUGCCGACCUCUCACACUUCCCUAACCCCGGACCCCUCCGCCCUCCUCCUAUUUGCCCCCCUCACAACACCAUGCCGUAUCCAGCACCCCACUGUCUCCUUCCCUCAUCCCUUUCCCACCGCCCUCCUUUUUGCGCCCCUCAAAGCACCAUGUUCUAUCCAGCGACCCCCCCCCUCUCCCUUCUUUCCUCCCACCCCCAUCAGUCCCUGCACCAUGCCAUUCCCCCCAUUAUUCCCUUUCUCGCGUGUGGCCCCCGUCCCCACCUCCCCACAUAUCCCACCAGUACCACUCCAUAG